UGUGGGAUCUUCAUUAGCAGCACCCCCAGCGCCCCGUGGGUCGGCACCAGCUCCCACCCACGGGGUGCCGUGCCCAGCGCGGUGUCCCCCGUGUCCCCCCGGCGCCAUCCCCAGCGCAGGAGCGGGGGCAGCGCUGGGCAGGGCACAGCCGCGGUGCCCGGGCUGGCUGCCAGGGCACGGCCGCCCCUGCGGGCACCACAGCCUGGCUCUGUGCCGCCCGGGGGCUCCAUAAAACCCCGGGCCGGGCACACCGCGCCCGCCCGCCCGGCAUGGAGAGCCGGAGCCUGCCCUCCCACGGCCGCCGCUUCGGCCCCUCCGCCCCGGGCCGGCUCCGGGCGCCCCGCAGCCCCCGGCCGAGCCCCGGGCCGGGCUCGGGCAGCGUGGAUUUCUCGCUGGCCGCGGCGCUCAACUCGGAGUUCAGGGAGACGCGCAGCAGCGAGAGGGUGGAGAUGAUGGAGCUCAACGAGCGCCUCGCCGGCUUCAUCGGGAAGGUGCGGCUGCUGGAGCGGCAGAACCGGGCGCUGCUGCUGGAGCUGGGCCGGCAGCGGCAGCGGGAGCCCUCCCGUGCCGACGGCUACCGGGAGGAGCUGCGGGAGCUGCGGCGCCGCGGGGAGCACCUGGCCACCGCCACGGCCCGCCUGCAGAUGGAGAGGGACAACCUGGCCCAGCAGCUCGGCAGCCUCCAGCAGAAGCUGCAGGACGAGGUCACCCUGAGGCUGGAGGCCGAGAGCAACCUGGCUGCCUACAGACAGGACGUGGACAAUGCUGCCUUGGCUCGCCUGGCCCUGGAGCGGCGCGUGGGGACCCUGCAGGACGAGAUCGCCUUCCUCCACAAGGUCCACCAGGAGGAGCUGCGGGAGCUGCGGGAGCAGCUGGCCCAGCAGCGGGUGCACGUGGAGGUGGACGCGCGCAAGGCGGAGCUGUCGGCCGCGCUGCGCCACAUCCGCAGCCAGUACGAGGCCACGGCCGCCAGCACCGCCCAGGACACCGAGCAGUGGUACAAGUCCAAGUUUGCAGACCUGACGGACGCGGCUGCCCGGCACGCUGAGGCGCUCAGGGCGGCCAAGCAGGAGGCCAGCGAGUACCGGCGCCAGCUCCAGGCCCUCACCUGCGACCUGGAGGCUCUGAGGGGCUCGAACGGGUCCCUGGAGAGGCAGCUGCGGGAGCUGGAGGAGCGCUACGCCCUGGAGACGGCCGGCUACCAGGACACGGUGGGGAGGCUGGAGGAGAACAGCCAGAGCCUCAAGCAGGAGAUGGCCCAGCACCUGCAGGACUACCAGGACCUGCUCAACGUCAAGCUGGCCCUCGACAUUGAGAUCGCCACGUACCGCAAGCUGCUGGAGGGAGAGGAGAGCAGGAUCACCAUCCCUGUGCAGAGCUUCUCCAAGCUGCAGAUCCGAGAGACCAGCCUGGACACCAAAUCUGUGUCAGAAGCUCACGUGAAGAGGAGCAUCGUGGUCAAAACUGUGGAGACCCGAGAUGGAGAGGUGCUGAAGGAGCCCAAGCAGGAGCCCGAGGAGGUGCCCUAGGGCGGGGCAGCCGCGGCCCGCAGGUGCCAGGGGAGCCCCGGGGGCGCUUGGGGGCACCUCCCCGCCGUGCCCCCCUGGCCUCUCCGGUGCCCAGGCCCCGGGCGCCCCUUUAGGGGGCAGAGCUCCGGUCGGACCGGGCAGCACCCGCGGGGGUCCGGAGGGCCGGGAUGCUCUCAGGUCUGGGGGCCCUUCCUGCCUCACCCUGGUCUCCAGGGAGAGACUCUGUCCUGUUUCACCUCCGUGCACCCUCAGACAACACGAUGGUGCCAGGAGCAGCUCCCUGCGUCCACUCCCUGGCCUGGGAGGCCUCCUGCACCUCCCCAGGGCACCCGGGCCCUGAGAGCCGCGGCUGGGGGGAUGCAGGGCCGAGGUCCCGGCUGGACAGGGACAUUUCCCUGUCACCAAGCACUGGGUGAGCUCAGCUGGAGGCAGGGCAGGGCCGAGGAGGGAGAGGCAGGGGUGGAGAAGGGGGAUGAUGGAGAGGCAGGGGCAGGAGGAAGAGGAGGGUGGAGAAGCAGGAUGCUCGUGGGAUGGUGGCAAGGGGUGACAAAAAGGGCAUCAGGAGGGGAUCCUGAGGGGGCUCAGGUGUCUGGGGUGGGUUGUGGGGUUACACAGUGGCCUCAAGGGCUUCUCCUGGCACAGAGCCAUGGGGCUGUCCUGAUCCCACUGGGUGACUGCCACCAAGGUGUCCCCAACACAGGAAAAACAGGGAAAACCAGACCUGAGGGGUGACCCACGGCCCUGAGGCAGGGGAAUCUCAGGCAGGUGAAAAUGGAGAGGAGAGGGGUGCAGAGGAGGAGGAAGAGGAGGAAGGUGUCAGGGCACCUGUGAGGGCCUCACAGCCCAAGGUGCCACCUGCAGCCGAGGAGUGACGGGGGAGCCUCGUCACUUGGGGGUCACUCUGGGAGCCAGGGACUCUGGGGCUGCCCCAGCCACUGUCCCUGCCCCACACAGCUGAGCCCACCCUGCCCGGGCAUUCAGGAAGGGACUGGAGGAAACCCCUUGUCCCUGGGCUGCACGGGGCCCUGUCCCCCACCUGCCCUGGCCCCCGGGGCCAUUGCCCAGCCCGGUGCUCCCCACAGCCCCAGCCCCAGCCUGGCUGCGGGCACUGACCUGCCAGGACCUGCCCGGUGCCCUGACACGGAACAGCAGCACCUCCCGUGCCCCGAGAGCCUUUGGGAUGAGCAGGGCUGCCCUCGGGUGCUGUCCCCUCUGUCCCCUCUGUCCCCUCUGUCCGGGGCCGAGCAGCUCCGCUCUGAGCCCAGACCCACAACAGGGCAGGAGGUGCUGUGGGAGAGCUGGGUGGUGCCCGGGCAGGAAUGCAGGGGAUGGGACACCAGGAGCAGCCUCCCUGCUGCCGAAUUAAUGCACUAACGCUGCUGCAGGAUGAGAAUAAAGCUAACGAACACACUGA